AUGGCGUCCUAUAAUUUACUAAACCAAGAGGAAGAAGACGCCCUCCACAAGUCGCGCCUCCUCAACGUCGAAGAAAAACCAUUCAAACGCAUCACAAAACGACUUCUAUCCAGCGACUCCCUGAUCACAAGUCCUCUCUCCCUCCCUCCUACACCCCCUCCAGAGACCGGCGACGCAGAAGAUGAAGCGACUGCCGCAGAAACCCAUCAACAGAAGAAGAUCGAAGAAUGGCGACAAUUCAAAGAAGCCGUGACCCUUGACUUUGCCGCCUUCGAAAGCAGCAUAGCACGGAUCCAAUUCUUGUUGAAAAACAAUGAAAAGGAACGAGAGCGAUAUGCGGCUGAAAAAAUACGUAUUCAGUCUACUGCGCAGGAUGUGCGCGACAACACCGUUGAACUCCGCGUACAACUCGAAGCCGCGCAAAACACUCUGAAUCUGCGCAAGACAUACGAUAACCUUACGGAAAAGAUUACGAGUAACCGUCUACUCCGCCCGCGUGAAGAUCAAAGAUCGAACCUGGAGAAACUGCAAGUCGAGAUUCUGGAACUAGAGAAAGAGAGUAAAGAGUACGCCAAGACCUGGUCGGAGCGAAGGGAACAAUUCGGUCGUAUCGUGGAUGAAGGCAUGCAACUACGUCGCCUCAUUCGUGACGAGAAGGAGGAAGUUGAGCGCAGGGAAGGAAUGCAGGAAGGUGAUGGCGAGGGAGGAGAUGAGGAUGAGUCGUCGACAAAGGGGCGGGUUAGUGGAGUCAAUUCUCCGCGUCCAGAGUCGGAGGAUUCUGCUCCUCCUCCUAGCCUGAAACUACAAGCGGAUAGAUUACAGGCGGAGACGGCGGGUGCAGCAUCGCCGUUGAGACAGUCGAUGUCGAUGACUGAGGAGAAGGGCGAGGAUGUGGACAUGGCGGAUGAGGGAGAGGUUGAUGAAUUGGAAGAGGGGGAAGCCGAUGAACGAGAUGAAAAGAUGGACACAACAUGA